AACAGUCAGGCUCUGGACGCACUCUUUUUACAAACGUUUAUCAUAUAGCUACAGGACCAGGAAACGAUUUCGACUCAUCAAGCAUCACUGUCAGUUAUCCUCGUUCCUUUGAUGAUACACAGAAAUCUCUCAGCUGAAAGAGAAACUAGAUAGACAGAAGGAAAUACAUGGAAGAGAUUGGAGCACCAUGAAUCUUCAGUACAGGACUUUAUUAAAUGACAGAAGUAAGUUUGCGGCCAUGGAUAAGCUUCUAUCUGAUGAGCGUUUGGAUCUGGUCGCCUGUUCUACUGAACCAGUGAUCAUUCAGAGGAGCAAAGAGCAGACUAAAAAAUACUAUGGUGAAUGGGUGAGGUCUGUGCGCACUUUUGGAAAACAAACACCAUCUCCUCUGUUAUUAAAUGACGAGAAUCACAGCAUCAGAAUAGAUCAGCUGUUCAGUCCUGACUGUGAUGGAAACACACCAAAAACUGUGAUUCUCAGUGGAGAUUCUGGAAGAGGGAAAUCGAUUAGAUUACAGAAGAUCAUGUUGGACUGGGCUUCUGGAGAACUUUACUCAGAAAACUUUGAUGCCGUUUUUCUGUUGAAGUGUGAAGAGUUCAAGAGUAUUUCUACUGAGGAGAGCUUGUUUUAUCUCCUGAGCUUGAAUCACAGUUUAACAUCAAAACAGAUCUCAAAGAUACUACAGUUAACUCCAGAGAAAGUCCUCAUCCUUAUUGAUGGAAUGGAUGAGUAUGUGUCUCGUCCACGAAUUCAUUUCAUGCAACACACUAACCUAUAUACGAAAGCCCCAGUUAUGGUCAUUCUUACAAACCUGUUGAGAAGAGUCUUGCUUCCUGAGUCAUUCAUGCUUGUCACCACAAGAUCAGCUGUAGAUACAGUGAAUCUCCUCAAGGAUCCUCAGCGUUUCACUGAGAUUAUGGGCUUCUCUGAGAGAGGGGUGCAGGAGUACUUCCAGAAGUUCUUUCAGGAUGAGCAGCUCUUCAGGAAAAUGUAUGAGAGAGUGAAGAUAAAUGAAAGCCUCCUGACUGCCUGCUCUGUGCCUUUGCUGUGUUGGAUGGUCUGUUUUUGUCUGAAGAAACACUUUACAGAUGAUGAUCAUGUGAUAAGAGAACUAAAGACAAACACCUCCAUAUAUGUGCACUUUGUGUCCACUCUACUGGAGCAUCAUGACCAGAGUCAGUCUGUCCUCACCAUGCUGAGGAGUCUGGGUCAGCUGGCAGAGGAAGGGAUGAAGAAGCAGCAGGUCUUUUUUGUUGGAAAAAGUGUGACUAUGAAAUGCUUUGAUGCUGUUACUACUCUGUUCUUGUAUAAAGAUGGAUUAAAAAUAAAAGACAGUCAGAAACCAGCAUUCAGGUUUAUGCAUCACAGCUUUCAGGAGUUCUUCACUGCUCUUUAUUAUGUUUUACUGGAUGAGGAAAAUUCCUGGUGGAAAGUAAGUGAGCUGCUUGACUGGAUGGAAUGGGGAGAUUUAAUUGACAGGCCAUCUCCAGAAAGAAGAUCAAAUCCCAUUCCUUCAGUUAUGUUGUUUCUCUGUGGUCUCUUAAAUAAGAAGGUGAGCAGUUCACUCUUUAAAAAAAUCCAGUGGACUGUUCCUCACACCGUAAAACUGAAGGAAAAACUGCAGGAAAGUGUUCUUAGAUUGACAACACAUAGUGGAUGUGAACUGUAUGCUCUCCACUGUCUGUAUGAGCUCCAAGAUGAGAGAUUUGUCAGUGAAGCUCUGAAAAAACACAAUUUCAUGGAUCUGUCUAACAUUUCUCUGACGAGUACAGACUGUUGGGUGCUGCUGUACUGUCUUCAGUGCUGUCCACAUGUCAGAUACUUGAACCUCAUGUACUGUGAUUUAACAGCUGAGAAACUCAAGAUUCUUCAGCCAGCACUCUGUAUGUCUAAGACUAUGAGGUUGUCAGUGGAGCACCUGUCAGAAGUUGCAGAUUUGAUCCAGAUUCUUGGUGCCAAAAUCCUGAGAGAGCUGAAAGUUCAGAAGGAUGAGAACAGUGCUGAGAGUCCCAGAUGGUCACUUAACCUGUCAAUCACUCGUGGAGAUGUCUUGUUGUCUUUGAGCUCCUCAGAGAAGAGUCCAUCGUUCCCAGCAGUCUUAAACAUCACACUUACAUGUCCACAAUCAGAAAUAUCCAGCACUGACUGGUCACUCUUCUUACAGAGACUCAGUAAGACAGCAAAAGUAGUGGAAGAUUCUUCAGCUCUUGAUGAGCAUGUCAGUUUGCUGCUGUCUUCAUUUCACUCUGUGGGUUUGAAGACGUUGGAUCUAAAGCUGGUCAGUCUGAAUGGAAGCUGGGCUUCUGGGAUCAUUUUCCUUGUCCAGACUUGCACCAGUCUACAACAGCUCAAUGUCUGUGCUGAUUUGCUGUUAGAAGAGGGAAUCAUGUUGCUGAACAAAUCACUGACAGAUCCACACUGCACUGUGAUCAUUGAAGGCAACACAGCUCAUCACCCUGAACACACCAUCCCCACUGUCAAACAUGGUGGUGGCAGCAUCAUGGUUUGGGCCUGCUUUUCUUCAGCAGGGACAGGGAAGAUGGUUAAAAUUGAUGGGAAGAUGGAUGGAGCCAAAUACAGGACCAUUCUGGAAGAAAGCCUGAUGGAGUCUGCAAAAGACCUGAGACUGGGAUGGAGAUUUGUCUUCCAACAAGACAAUGAUCCAAAACAUAAAGCAAAAUCUACAAUGGAAUGGUUCACAAAUAAAAAUAUACAGGUGUUAGAAUGGCCAAGUCGAAGUCCAGACCUGAAUCCAAUCGAGAAUCUGUGGAAAGAACUGAAAACUGCUGUUCACAAAUGCUCUCCAUCCAACCUCACUGAGCUUGAGCUGUUUUGCAAGGAGGAAUGGGCAAAAGUCUCUCGAUGUGCAAAACUGAUAGAGACAUACCCCAAGCGACUUACAGCUUCAUCAUCUCUGCACUCCAGGUUGAACAUCUCUGAGCCGGAACCAUCUGUCAUGAAUCUUUACUGUCAGUCUUGUGUUCACAUUGGUGAUUCUGAUCAGUGGGUUCAGGUGGAGCCGUUAGCCUGUACAGAUGAAGGAGGGUCAGAGUUCAGGAUCAGCACUCCGGCGGGUCGAUUCGAGUGCAGCAGGACCAGAAUGCGAUGGGUCUGUGCUGGUGACGUCACUCUCCAGUACCGUGCAGUGGAUGGACGUUUCCUCAGUGAAGAGCUGGAGAGGCUUCAGUGUGAGCGAAUUGGUCCUGUGAUUGAUGUGACAGUGAUCUCAGGGAAACUGGAGGAGGCCCAUCUGCCUCAUUACGCCUGUUUAGAAAAGUCAUACCCCUCUCUCAAAUAUGCUGUAAAAGUCCUUGGAAUCUUGGAAUCAGUGGAACUGACUUGUUUUCAUGCCAAAAUACUCCAACCAUCCUUUUGGCCUACCACAGUGAUUAAAGAAAAAGGCAUCCCUGUUGAACAACAUUUAGAUCUUCUUAUCUUCAUGACAUCUGAAGAUCCUCUUAUUCUCCAUGUCUACUUUAUUCCACUGUUUGAUACUUUUUCAAAGGAAAAAAUUAAGCAGGAAGAAACAGCGUAUAAUCCUCAUGUCCUUGAAAUUGAGCACCCCAGCCCUAGCAUGAAAAUUCAAAUGGACACACCACACGUUCUUAAAGUAUCCGGUGCCAGUGUAGAUUCCAAAGAAGGGAUUACAUUUUUAAGCAGUAUUCACCCAGUCUUCUUCAAAAUCAAACAAGACGUAGAUGGGGAUGUUCAGAUGACUCUCAUCAAACAGCAGCAUGAAAUGUUUGUGUGGAAAACAAUCAUUUGGAAAGACAAACUUAAUCAGAAAAAACAAGAAAUGAGAGAUUUAAUGGCCAGGUUUGGCAGGUUGUCCACAGAAAUGAGAAAGCACAUCCCUGAAGGACAGAAGCGGAAGCCACGGAAAGGUUGGAGUGACAUAAUUCUUUACUAUAAAGCAUCUGUCAUUGAUAAAUGUAAGUUUGUGACCGAGUGUAAUCUUCCAACUGAUGAAUGUGUGGAGCUGGCAGGCCGUUACACUGAACCAGUGAUCAUUCAGAGGAGCAAAGAGCAGAAUGAGAAAUACUAUCAUGAGCAUGUGAGGUCUGCACAUGCUUCUGGAUUAAAUACAUCCUCUCAUCUGUUAUCAAAUGACAAGAAUCACAGCAUCAGAAUAGACCAGCUGUUCAGUCCUAACUGUGAUAAAAACACACCAAAGACUGUGAUUCUCAGUGGAGAUUCUGGAAGAGGGAAAUCAUUCACACUACAGAAGAUCAUGUUGGACUGGGCAUUUGGAAAACUUUACUACAAAAACUUUAAUGUAAUUUUCCUAUUAAAGUGUGAAGAGCUGAAGUGUAUUUCUGAGGAGAUGAGCUUAUUUGAGCUUUUGAGCUGGAGUUGCAGUUUGACAUUAGAUCAGAUCUCACAGAUACUGGAGUUAACACCAGAGAAAGUCCUCAUCCUUAUUGAUGGAAUUGAUGAGUAUGUAUCUCAUCCACCCAGUCAUUCGAUGUUAGUACUCACAAAUCCUUCCGAUAGAGCCCGACCUAUGGACAUUCUUAGGAGCGUGUUAAAGGGAUUCUUGCUGCCUGAGUCAUUCAUUCUUAUCACCACAAUAUCUCUAGCUGCUGAUGCAGAGAUAAAUCUCCUCAAGGGUCCUCAGUGUUUCACUGAGAUUAUGGGCUUCUCUGAGAGAGGGGUGCAGGAGUACUUCCAGAAGUUCUUUCAGGAUGAGCAGCUCUUCAGGAAAACAUAUGAGAGAGUGAAGAUAAAUGAAAGCCUCCUGACUGCCUGCUCUGUGCCUUUGCUGUGUUGGAUGGUCUGUUUUUGUCUGAAGAAACACUUUACAGAUGAUGAUCAUGUGAUGAGAAAACUAAAGACAAACACAUCCAUAUAUGUGCACUUUGUGUCCACUCUACUGGAGCAUCAUGACCAGAGUCAGUCUGUCCUCACCAUGCUGAGGACUGGUCAGCGGGCAGAGGAAGGGGUGAAGAAGCGAGAAGGUCUUUUUGUAGAGAAGAGUGUGACUGCGACUGGCUUAGAUCCUGCUACUAAUGUGUUCUUGUAUAAAGAUAGUUUGAAAAGAAAUAACAGACAGGUGCCAUUGUUCAAGUUUAUGCAUCUCAGCUUUCAGGAGUUUUUCACUGCUCUUUAUUAUGUUUUACUGGAUAAAGAAGAGUCCUGGGGUAAAGUCACAGAUCUGUUGAACUCCCUGAAAAUGAAGGGUAUAAUCAAUAGGCCUUCUCCAGAAAGAAGAUCAAAUCCCAUUCCUUCAGUCAUGAUGUUUCUCUGUGGUCUCUUAAAUGAGAAGGCGAGCAACUCACUCUUUGAAAUGAUCAAGUGGACUGUUCCUCAAAUCAUAAAUCUAAAGACAAACAUGCAGGGAAGUCUUCUUACAGUGAUAAGACAUAAUGGAUGUGAACUGUUCGCUCUGCGCUGUCUGUUUGAGCUCCAGGAUGAGAAAGUUGUGAGGAGAGCUUUAGGAGACUGGGUAUCCAUGAAUCUGCAUAACGUUCCUCUGAGGAGUAAAGACUGUUGGGUGCUGCUGUACUGUCUUCAGUGCUGUCCACACGUCAGAUACUUGAACCUCAUGUACUGUGAUUCAACAGCUGAGAAACUCAAGAUUCUUCAGCCAGCACUCUGUAUGUGUGAGAAUAUGAGGUUGACAGUGGACUACCUCUACAAUGUUGGAGAUUUGAUCCAGAUUCUUGGUGAAUCAAAAAUCUUGAGAAAACUGAAAGUUCAAGAGGAUGAAUACAGUGCUGAGAGUCUCAUAUGGUCACUUGACCUGUCAGUCACACAUGAAGAUGUCUUGUUGUCUUUGAGCUCCUCAGAGAAGAAUCCAUCAUUUCCAGCAGUCUUAAACAUCACACUUACAUGUCCACAAUCAGAGAUAUCCAGCACUGACUGGACACUCUUCUUACAGAGACUCAGCAAGACAGCAAAAGUAGCAAAAGUUUCUUCAGCUCAGCUUGAUGAGCAUGUCAGUUUGCUGUUGUCUUCAUUUUACUCUGUGGGUUUGAAGACAUUGGAUCUGAAGCUGGUCGUUCUGAAUGAGAGCUGGGCUUCUGGGAUCAUUUCACUCGUCCAGACCUGCACCAGUCUACAGCAACUCAGUGUUGAGGAAGAAAUUUACAAUGAUGAGAGUCUCUUCUCAUCUCUCAGUGUUUUGCUUUGUGAUAAGGGCAUCAGGCUGGAUGUGAGGCACAGACAGAUGUUUGAGUCUCUCUCACAUAUCUCUCUCACUUGUCCUCGCUCAGCUUUAAGCAACUCUGACUGGAAAAUCUUCUUCCAGACAUUCCACAAACAGACUAAAUACAAACCUGAUUCUCCAGAUUGUAAUGAACAAGCAGAUGCUCUGUUUUCUUUCCUGCACUCUGUGUGUGAUCUGAAGAGUGUGGAGCUGAUCGUCUUCAAACUGAAUCAGAGCUGGGCACUCAGGAUUCUCGCUCUCAUCCAGGCCUGUAGCAGUCUGCAAGAAAUCCGUGUCAGUGUUACUGGAUUGCUUUUGGAGGAGGGGCUCGUGUCACUGAAGAAAUCACUGACAGAUCCACACUGCACUGUGAUCAUUGAAGGGAGGAAAUGCAGUAAACUCACUGACCAGUGCAAAGAACAGGACUGGAGUCACAGCUGUAAUGAGAAAGUGGAGAUUCACUUCAAACCAAAUAUUUUGAGAGGGCUGGAAGAGCUGAACAUCUCUGAACUGUCUGGACUGAAUCUUCAGCCGCUCCCAGUGUGUCAGUCUUGUGUUCACAUUGGUGAUUCUGAUCAGUGGGUUCAGGUGGAGCCGUCAGUCUGUACAGAUGAAGGAGGGUCAGAGUUCAGGAUCAGCACUCCGGCGGGUCGAUUUGAGUGCAGCAGGACCAGAAUGCGAUGGGUCUGUGCUGGUGACGUCACUCUCCAGUACCGUGCAGUGGAUGGAGGUUUCCUCAGUGAAGAGCUGGAGAGGCUUCAGUGUGAGCGAAUUGGUCCUGUGAUUGAUGUGACAGUGAUCUCAGGGAAACUGGAGGAGGCUCAUCUGCCUCAUUACGCCUGUUUAGCAGAGUCAGACCCCUCUCUCAGAGAUACUGUGAAGCUUUUCACCAAAAGAGAUGAAGGAAUAUCUUUACAAUCUGUAGAGCUGACCCGUUAUCAUGCCAAAAUAGUCCAACCAUCCUUCUCUCUUACAACUCUAAUAAUAAGCUGGUUCAUAAAGUGGGAAGAACACUGUAAUCUUCUUCUGUACAUGCGGUGUAAAGAUCCUCUCAUUCUUCACAUCUACUUUUUUCCAGUGAAUGACACUUGUUCAAAAGAUAAAGUUGAGCAGAAUGAAAAAUCAAGUCUUUUGAUCAGUCAUCCCAGACCUAACAGACCAUUUCGGUUGAAAACACCUCACCUUCUUGAGGUUCCUGGUGCUUCUGUCCAUCCCAUAGAGGGGAUUUCAUUUAGAACAGACAUUGACCCAAACUUCUUCAAGGUCAAGCAACAUCAGCAUGAUGAUGUAAAAAUGAAUCUUAUCAGAGAGGAGGACAGGAAGUCUGUGUGGAAGGCUACAAUAUGGAAAGAAGAAUUAGCCCCCGUAAAUCCAAAGCAAAUCCAACAAAAGCUGCAUCUGUAUUCUGAGUUUGAUAAAGCUCAGUUCUUUGAGAAACACAGAUCGGCUCUCAUUCAAAGAGUUAAAAAUGUGAAGAGCAUUGCAGAUAAACUGCGUGAGCAGAGAAUAAUUCAUGAGGAACUAUAUUCUGAAAUCACAUAUACUAAUUUGACCUGUCAGGAUAGCAUGAGAAAGAUCUGCUCCACAGUGCAUUCAAGUGGUGUGAUUGCAAAAGGUAAAUUCAUUGUAAUUCUUCUGGAAGAAGAGCCCCAUCUCUUUGAAGAACUUGUGCGUUCAGAUUCUUAAAGAUCUCUUAGUGAAAAUAUUGCUUUAGAUGGACAGAUUAUGCUAAAUGAUUAAAUGGAGCUGUUAAGGUGAAUGUAAUUUUUUUGGUCCAGUUUGACAUGGUUUAGGUACAUUUAUAAUUUAAAGGGGUCCUAUUAUGCUUUUUCACUUUUUCAACUUUAGUCUGUAAUGUUGAUGUUUAAAAUAAAAAAGAUCCGCAAAGUUACAAAGCUCAAAGUCAACUUCAAAAUGAGAUAUUUUAUUUAACAGAAAUCAAUUUUCAAAAACUACAACGAACGACUCGUUUCGACUACAAUGCAUAUUUUACAGGCCCCCAUUACUUUUUCUAUCACUUUUUUCUUGAAAGCCUGCGUGCAAGAAGUGUGCAACACAAUGCACUGUACAAACUUCUGUUUCUCAAAACCAUUAUUCAGUGCAACAGUACUGAGGAAGGUAAACAUUGUAUUUAAAAAUAUUUAAGUAUCUUUAACAUGAACAUUAACAUUGUUUAAGGAAUAAAUGGCAUACACUGUAUGGAAAUAAUAAAAGCAGAAGAGACUUUU